CGACCCUUGCGCCCAGUGGGUGCGUAGAAACGGACGGGCACCGUCAGGGAGAUCAGCGAGGAGCCGCCACAGGAUGCUGCUGCUAGGGGUGGUGGGAGCAGCCGUGGGACGCGUGGCCGGGAGCGGGGGUGACAGCCUGGGAUUCCGGGGGCUUCUCUUCCUUGUCCUCCUCUCUUCUGUAUUCCCAGUGUGGCCGUGGCUGACACUAAAGACUUUGUAGCCAUCAACCCGAGUGCAGUUUCGAUGGAAAAUGAAGGUUGCACGUUUUCAAAAAAUACCUAAUGGUGAAAAUGAGACAAUGAUUCCUGUAUUGACAUCAAAAAAAGCAAGUGAAUUACCAGUCAGUGAAGUUGCAAGCAUUCUCCAAGCUGAUCUUCAGAAUGGUCUAAACAAAUGUGAAGUUAGUCACAGGCGAGCUUUCCAUGGCUGGAAUGAGUUUGAUAUCAGUGAAGAUGAGCCACUAUGGAAGAAGUAUAUAUCUCAGUUUAAAAAUCCCCUUAUUAUGCUGCUUCUGGCUUCUGCAGUCAUCAGUGUUUUAAUGCAUCAGUUUGAUGAUGCUGUCAGUAUCACUGUGGCAAUACUUAUCGUUGUUACAGUUGCCUUUGUUCAGGAAUAUCGUUCAGAAAAAUCUCUUGAGGAAUUGAGUAAACUUGUGCCACCAGAAUGCCAUUGUGUGCGCGAAGGAAAAUUGGAGCAUACACUUGCCCGAGACUUGGUUCCAGGUGAUACAGUUUGUCUUUCUGUUGGGGACAGAGUUCCUGCUGACUUACGCUUGUUCGAAGCUGUGGAUCUUUCCAUUGAUGAGUCUAGCUUGACAGGAGAGACAACACCUUGUUCUAAAGUGACAGCUCCUCAGCCAGCUGCAACAAAUGGGGAUCUCGCAUCAAGAAGUAACAUUGCAUUCAUGGGAACACUGGUCAGAUGUGGCAAGGCAAAGGGUAUUGUCAUUGGAACAGGAGAAAAUUCUGAAUUUGGAGAGGUUUUUAAAAUGAUGCAAGCAGAAGAAGCACCAAAAACCCCUCUGCAGAAGAGCAUGGACCUCUUAGGAAAACAGCUUUCCUUUUACUCCUUUGGUAUAAUAGGUAUCAUCAUGUUGGUUGGCUGGUUACUAGGAAAAGACAUCCUGGAAAUGUUUACUAUUAGUGUAAGUUUGGCUGUAGCAGCAAUUCCUGAAGGUCUUCCCAUUGUAGUCACAGUGACACUAGCCCUUGGUGUUAUGAGAAUGGUGAAGAAAAGGGCCAUUGUGAAAAAACUGCCUAUUGUUGAAACUCUGGGCUGCUGUAAUGUGAUCUGUUCAGAUAAAACUGGAACACUGACGAAGAAUGAAAUGACUGUUACUCACGUAUUUACUUCAGAUGGUCUGCAUGCUGAGGUUACUGGAGUUGGCUACAAUCAGUUUGGAGAAGUGAUUGUUGAUGGUGAUGUCGUUCAUGGAUUCUAUAACCCAUCUGUUAGCAGAAUUGUUGAGGCGGGCUGUGUGUGCAAUGAUGCUGUAAUUAGAAACAAUACAUUAAUGGGGAAGCCAACAGAAGGAGCCUUAAUUGCUCUUGCAAUGAAGAUGGGUCUUGAUGGUCUUCAACAGGACUAUAUCAGAAAAGCUGAAUACCCGUUUAGCUCUGAGCAAAAGUGGAUGGCCGUUAAGUGUGUACACCGAACACAGCAGGACAGACCAGAGAUUUGCUUUAUGAAAGGUGCUUAUGAACAGGUGAUUAAGUACUGUACUACAUACCACAGCAAAGGGCAGACCUUGACUCUUACUCAGCAGCAGAAAGAUCUGUACCAACAAGAAAAAGCACAUAUGGGCUCAGCAGGACUCAGAGUCCUUGCUUUGGCUUCUGGUCCUGAACUGGGACAGCUGACGUUUCUUGGCUUGGUGGGAAUCAUUGAUCCUCCUAGAACUGGUGUGAAAGAAGCUGUUACAACACUCAUUGCCUCAGGAGUAUCGAUAAAAAUGAUUACUGGAGAUUCACAGGAGACUGCAGUUGCAAUCGCAAGUCGUCUGGGGUUGUAUUCCAAAACUUCCCAGUCAGUCUCGGGAGAAGAAAUAGAUGCGAUGGAUGUCCAGCAGCUUUCACAGAUAGUUCCAAAGGUUGCGGUAUUUUACAGAGCUAGCCCAAGACACAAGAUGAAAAUUAUUAAGUCUCUGCAGAAGAAUGGAUCAGUUGUAGCCAUGACAGGAGAUGGAGUAAAUGAUGCAGUUGCUCUGAAGGCUGCAGACAUUGGAGUUGCAAUGGGCCAGACUGGCACAGAUGUUUGCAAAGAGGCAGCAGACAUGAUCCUGGUUGAUGAUGAUUUUCAAACCAUAAUGUCUGCCAUUGAAGAGGGUAAAGGGAUUUAUAAUAACAUUAAAAAUUUUGUUAGAUUUCAACUGAGCACGAGUAUAGCAGCAUUAACUUUAAUCUCAUUGGCUACAUUAAUGAACUUUCCUAAUCCUCUCAAUGCCAUGCAAAUUUUGUGGAUCAAUAUUAUUAUGGAUGGACCCCCAGCUCAGAGCCUUGGAGUAGAACCAGUGGAUAAAGAUGUCAUUCGUAAACCUCCUCGCAACUGGAAGGACAGCAUUCUGACUAAAAACUUGAUACUUAAAAUACUUGUUUCAUCAGUAAUCAUUGUUUGUGGGACUUUGUUUGUCUUCUGGCGUGAGCUACGAGAUAAUGUGAUAACACCUCGAGACACAACAAUGACCUUCACAUGUUUUGUGUUUUUUGACAUGUUCAAUGCACUGAGUUCCAGAUCCCAGACCAAGUCUGUAUUUGAGAUUGGACUCUGCAGUAAUAAAAUGUUUUGCUAUGCAGUUCUUGGAUCCAUCAUGGGACAGUUACUAGUUAUUUACUUUCCUCCACUUCAGAAGGUUUUUCAGACUGAGAGCCUAAGUAUACUGGAUCUUUUGUUUCUUUUGGGUCUCACUUCAUCAGUGUGCAUAGUGGCAGAAAUUAUAAAGAAGGUUGAAAGGAGCAGGGAAAAGAUCCAGAAGAAUGUUAGUUCGACGUCGUCGUCUUUUCUUGAAGUCUGGCUCUGGAAGAGGAGUGGACAGCAGCUGAUUGAGAUACAUCCCCAUCUGGAGACAGCACUGCCACUGACAGAAGAUGUGAGCUGUGUCUAAAUCCAAUCUUGUGCCCUGCUGCAUCUGCUCCUUCACUCUUUGGAACUCUUCAUACAACAUCUUAGCACCGUUGUCUUGCGGAUCUUCCUUACCUAGAUAAGGAAACAGCCCAAGGGCAGUAUUUUCAAAAACACUGUAUCAACUUGUAAUUUUCUCCACAUAUAAAACUACAAAUUCUAUAAAGAAAAAUAUUAGUUUAAAAACUAAAAUGUUUUUCUUUUCUGGCUUUGUAAAUGGUUUGCUGUAUAAAUUGAAAUAUUUAUACUGAAACACCUUUUGAAUCAUAAACUAACUUUAUUCAACCCCAAAUAAUUUACUUUUUCCUUGAAAUAUGAUCUCUUCCACUGGUCCACUACCUGACCUUAAACAUGUCUGCCUCUUAAUUCUCCAAACCCUACAUCUGUGUCUGUGAAAAAUACAAAUGAUUAUUAAAUAUUCUCUUUACUGUUCUCACUAA